AUGAACACCGCGACAAGCGGCCUCGACCCUUGGCAGUGUGGGUUUGCGCCACAGAUGAAAAGUCGAUUGGUAGCAUUCGACCAAGAUACAGCUACCAUAGCUCAAAUUAAGAAGGAUUGGCCAGCGAUCCGUGCAGCCAGAUGUAUCGACUACGAUGCGAACAGUCGCAAAUAUGCCAAAUACGUUGCUUCCACCAUCUUUCGGAAGCCUGAGAACGGAGGCAUCAAUUUUGACCUCGCAAUGAAUGGCCUAGGCUACCUCGAUGCAAUAGAAAUCCGCCGCCUUCGUCUCAUCGAAGCUGCGGAUGUUGCAAUUCAGGAUGCUUCGGAAACAUGGCCCCCAAUGCUUCACGAGCUUGAACGGACGUCCUCUGCCAACUUCAAAAAAUUGCACGGAGGGCUUAGGAUUCUGACCGAGGAGCUGGCCAAAGAUGCCAGCCACAGAAAGGAGGCCGCUCAGAUCAUGGCACUACUCAACGCACUCAUGCCCUCAUCUGUGUUUAUGGGGCCUGAAGAUGAUGUAGACCCGGCUCCGCAUUCAUCAGGCGUCCGCGAUAGUGGGUCAGAGACGCCAUGGCGCGCUACUGUGAAGAGUUUAAGAAGGUAG